AUGCAGACUCUCUACGUCGACAAGCCCAAUCCGAUAUCAUGUCACUCGCACAACGAUUACUGGCGCAGAGAGCCCCUGUUUUCCGCUCUCAAAACAGGCUGCGUGGGUGUAGAGGCCGAUGUUUGGCUCGUGGAAGACGACUUGUGGAUUGCUCACGAGCGAUCAGACCUCAAGAGAGGUGUGACCUUUACGAGCCUGUACGUUGAGCCUCUUGUUAAGCUCCUCGAGCAACGGAACGGUUUCUUUCCUGGCAAAGGUUGGACACAUUAUGGGGUGUACGAGGACUACCCUGAACAGACCCUAGCCCUUGUCAUCGACCUCAAGAGCGAGAGUCUUGAGACUUGGCCUCUCGUGGAGGCUCAGCUCCAGCCUCUCCGAGACCGAGGUUGGCUGACCCAUGUCUCCGACGGCAAAGUGCACCCACGCCCCAUCACCGUUGUCGGUAGCGGAGCCACCGACUUUUCCACCCUGAGGGCAAACACCACCUUUCGCGAUUCCUUCUUCGACGCGCCUUUGAACGCCCUUGAGAAUUCGCAAUACGACGCUACCAACUCGUAUUACGCCAGUGUCUCCUUCACCGAGUAUCUAGGCCUCUCUCUGACGGGAUUCCUGACGCCGACGCAACUGGAAAAACUGAAAGGAAGUGUUAGGGAGGCCCAUGCUAGAGGUCUCAAGGCAAGAUAUUGGGGCGCUCCGGCCUGGGCUUUGGGUGUCAGGGGCCGGAUCUGGAAGAUCUUGUCCGACGAGGGCGUUGACAUUGUGAAUGUUGACGAUCUACAGAGCUUCAGAGACUGGGCCACGGCGAGAACGGCGACGGCGGAUAUGCUCUAG